AUGAAUAAAUAUAGCGUAUUAGCUCUGCUUGCCUUGCUAGCAAUUGUUUCUGCUCAAAAUUGCAAAGUCACUCUUCCAAGACUAUUAAUUGGUGAUAAAUAUACUAACGCUACCAGUGAUGUUACCGCAGUUAUAGCCUUCGAUACUAUUGAUGAAUGUAAAGGUGUUGCAACUUUAAAUUUCAAUAAAGGUGACCCAACUUUUGACUUCAGAGUUAUAGACCCUGUAAUACAAUUAGUUGAUGCAGAUUUAGACCAUAGCGGUAAAUAAAAAGAACAUGUGAAAUACUUAAAAUACACUCAAAUCAUUUAACUUAAGGCUGAUGUAGAAAAGUCUUACACUGUCUAAAUCUAAGGAAAUAAAACAAAUGCAACUAGUAUUUUUGACACUAAUUACACAUUCAUUCUUCCUAAACUUCCUUCAGACAACGCUAAAUACACUUAAAAUUAAGUUAAAUUCUUGUUCUUAGGAGAUUAAGAUUUAACUGCAAACGGUACUGCAGUCUUAAAUUAUCUCAAUGCUAACACUUAAACUAAUAAGUUUGAUGCUAUGAUUUACCUUGGAGAUUAUGCUUACGAAUUCUAUUAAAAUAAUGGUAAAAAGGGAGAUGACUAUCUUAACACAUUCGCCCCUCUUUCUUUCAGCUACCCAUUGGCAAUGACUCCUGGUAACCAUGAAGACAACUUAAACUUUACUAUUUUCAAUAGUAAAUUCUUUUUACCUGGCUUCAAUAGAACUUAAAACAACUACAACUCAUUCACAAUUGGUAUGGUCCAUUUCGUCCAUAUUAAUUUGCACUUCUUUUCCAUAACAAAGGAUGAUGAAAAAGAUAAAAUGUUGAAAUGGUUGAAGAACGAUCUUGCUAUUGCUUCAAAUGCAGGUUAAAGAAAAAAUGUUCCUUGGAUUAUUGCUGUUGGCCAUAAGCUAAACUAUUGUUAUGAUCCUUAUUAUGCUAAUAACACUGAAUGUAUUGGAUAUGCCUAAUAAUUCUUACCUAUUGAUAAUCUUUUGAGCUAAUAUGGUGUUGAUAUGUUUAUUGUUGCACAUUAACAUUACAACUAAGUUAUGGCUCCUAUGGCUCGUAAUUAACUUUAAGACUACAAAUUGACUACUGUUUCUAGCAACGAAUUUACUCUCCAAAAAGGUAAGGGAUACAUAACUAUUAUUUAAGGUAAUGGUGGUUGUGUUACUCCUAUUAUUCCUCCAUCUAAAAGCAGAAUGUUAGAUCUUGCUUCUGACUUACAAAAAGCUAACCUCUUCAUUGAUGCUUUUAACUAUGGUUAUGGAUAUAUUUAAGUUAUUAACUAGACCAAUGUUGAAUAUGUAUCAUAUGAUGCCAUCAACAAGAAACAACUCGUUAAAUUCAACAUUAAGUCUUAACAUCAAGCCUCUGGGGGUCAAAGCGCUACUUUCGGCUAACUUAUUACUUUCUCAUUAGUGAUUUUAUUAGCAUUAUUUACUACUAUUUGA